CAGACCAAGAGAAUGGCUGACUAAUGUAGUGGAGAACCAUCCUGCUCCAGUCUGAAUAAAAUGUCUUUGAAACUCAAAAAUGCGAAACGAAUUGAAGGCCUUGAUAAGAAUGUGUGGAUUGAAUUUACCAAGUUGGCUGCAGACCCCUCUGUUGUGAAUCUUGGCCAAGGCCUUCCAGAUAUAUCCCCUCCUAAUUACGUAAAGGAAGAAUUGUCAAAGGUUGCAGCAAUUGAUAGUCUGAACCAGUAUACACGGGGCUUUGGUCAUCCAUCGCUUGUGAAAGCUCUGUCCUGCCUAUAUGAAAAGUUUUAUCAAAAUCGAAUAGAUCCAGACAAAGAAAUCCUUGUGACAGUGGGAGCGUAUGGAUCUCUUUUUAAUGCCAUUCAAGGAUUAAUUGAUGAGGGAGAUGAAGUCAUAGUGAUAGUGCCUUUCUAUGACUGCUAUGAGCCCAUGGUGAGAAUGGCUGGAGCAACGCCAGUUUUUAUUCCCUUAAGAUCUAAACCUGUUGAUGGCAAAAAAUGGUCUAGUUCUGACUGGACAUUAGAUCAUCAAGAACUGGCAAGCAAAUUUAAUUCUAAAACCAAAGCUAUAAUCCUAAAUACUCCACAUAACCCCCUUGGCAAGGUGUUCACCAGCUCGGAGCUCCAAGUGAUUGCUGACCUUUGCAUCAAAUACGACGCGCUGUGCAUCAGUGAUGAAGUUUAUGAAUGGCUCGUGUAUACUGGAAACAAGCAUUUAAAAAUAGCCACUUUUCCAGGAAUGUGGGAGAGAACAGUAACGAUCGGGAGUGCUGGAAAGACUUUCAGUGUAACUGGCUGGAAGCUUGGCUGGUCCAUUGGUCCUAAACAUUUGAUAAAACAUUUACAGACAGUUCAACAAAACAACGUUUAUACGUGUGCAACUCCUUUACAGGAAGCCUUGGCUCAAGCUUUUUGGAUUGACAUUAAGCGCAUGGAUGACCCAGAGUGUUACUUUAAUUCUUUGCCAAAAGAGUUAGAAGUAAAAAGAGAUCGGAUGGUACGUUUACUUGAAAGUGUUGGCCUGACACCCAUAGUUCCUGAUGGAGGAUACUUCAUCAUUGCUGAUGUGUCUUUGCUAGAUGCAGACCUCUCUGAUAUGAAGGACAGCAGUGAACCUUACGACUAUAAAUUUGUGAAAUGGAUGACUAAAAAUAAGAAACUGUCAGCCAUCCCAGUUUCAGCCUUCUGUAAUGCAGAGACCAAAUCACAGUUUGAGAAAUUUGUGCGAUUUUGUUUCAUUAAAAAAGAUAGUACACUGGAUGCUGCUGAAGCAAUCAUCAAGGCAUGGAAAAGACAGGCGUCUUGAUACGUGCAGACUGCGUUGUUUCUGUCAGAUGACCUAGUAUGGAGUCCCUCGGUGCGGCCCCUUGCUGGUUAUCGCACCGUAAAACUCAGCACAAAUGAAAUUUAAAGAAACAUUUCCAUUGUUUUUCCAAAGAAGUUAACCCCACUCCUAACAAUAUUCAGAUCUGAUUUUUUUUUCAGUUGAGAUAUAUAAAAGCACCUUUCACUUUAUGAGUGAGUGUAAUGGAUAAGUGUAAUGUAGUGGAUAAGAACUGAGAGAUGCUGGUUGGGGCUUAACUUCUCUGUGCUUCAGUUUCCUCAAAAGGUGAAUAAAAGUGGCACUUCAUAUGAA